CAUGGCAAGCAGUCAGAAAGGCAGGGCAAUGGAGAUCAGCAUCUCCCAGGGUUUCCUUGUAUUUCUUUUCAGCUGGGUCUUCCUGUUGGGAUAUGCUGAGAAGGGACCAAUGCCGCAAGGCACUUCUGAAGAUGUGAAUGAACUUGUUCUUUUGGAGGAUGUUAAUGCCACAGAUGCAUUCAUCAAGGCAGCUGAAGUAGUAGUUGUUGGAUUCUUCCAGGAUUCAGAGCUACCAGAAGCUUCUGAAUUUCUCACGAUGGUACAAAGUGUGCAGGAUGUACCAUUUGGAUUUUGUACCAGUUCCAGUGUCCUUUCUUAUUAUAAUGUCACAGUGAACACUGUUUCCCUCUUCCGUGUGGUAGACAACAAAAGGCAAGAUCUGGAAAUCAGAAACAGCAAAGAAAUUGAUGCCACCAAGCUGAGACGCUUUGUUCGGAUCAAUGAACUCCGCUGGGUGACCGAGUACAACUCUCUGACUGCAGUAGGUCUCUUCAGCAGCAUGGUUGAAACCCACCUUCUCUUGUUCACUGACAAAUCAUCCCCAAAUCAUACAGAGAGGAUGGACAAGUACCGUGAAGCAGCACAGCUCUUUCAAGGAAAGAUUCUUUUUAUCUUGGUGGACAGCCGUGCAAAGGCCAAUGAUCGAGUUCUGUCUUAUUUCCACUUGAAGAAGUCCCAGUUGCCUGCAGUGGCAGUAUAUCACACACCAGAUGAAGAGCAGGAUGUACUGCCCCUGGGUGAAGUCUCCGUGGAGGCUUUGAAGGAUUUCUGUAAUCGUUUCUUGCAAAGAAAGCAUGUGAAAGACAAUCAUAAGCUAGAAGAUAAGGUCUUCAAACAGGAGCUUUGACUUCAUUCCAAGACCGCAACAACACUGCUCCAAUAUAGUGACUGUUGCUUUGGUGGGAAAAUAAUUCAACUCAACAGGCUGGAGAUCCCGAAACAACAGAAAUAUGCCAAACCAUGCCAACUGAAUUUGAUAGUUCUCUAAGCCUUUUCCAUAUUCAUUUAUGACCUCUUUUCCAUUUUACUAGCUCCACCUUUUCAUUUGUUCAUUAUAAGUGAGGCUUUCUUAUCUGCAUUACAUAUAGUAAGUUGUAGGCUAAUAGGAUGUAGCAAUGUCAUUGGGUAUGUUGGAAAUGUUGUCUUUUGUAAACUGGAUAUGUUUGCGCAAUCCUGUCUUCAAUGUAUUGGGUACCUAGCAAUGCUACCCUAAGCAGAGUUACACAGAAGGGUAGUACACUGGUAGUAACUACAUUCAGGCUGCAUUAGUAUUGUGUGCAUAAGUCAACACCUCAUUAAAGUGAUGCUAAAUAUUUUUAGCAAUGAGUGUAGACAUAUCUUGUGGUUUUU